AUGCCACUCAAGUACACGCCAAGGAUGUGCAUGGUGCCGAAGAUUGAGCAGAUCACCACGCCGAAUAAGAAUGUGCAAAGCUAUUUUAUGAGAACCGAUGCAUCGUAUUAUGUUAAUGAGAAAUAUAGGAUGGCUGGAUACAGAACGGAUGAACCAAUUAUACAUGUACUAGUGUAUGGACGACGACUUAUUGUGGAUAAUAUGGCUGAGACAGUUGAUAUCGAAGGUUUUUUUGAUAUUGUGAAUAUUAGCAUAGACAGGUUUGGAAGCCUUGAGGAGGGGUUAGGAUGGCUUGGGAACCGUAUUGUAGCAGUAACCGAAAGACUUAGGAUUGAUAGAAAAAGAUCUUUUGUGUCUGUUGUGUUCCAUGACUUGUUGAGCAGGACUGAGCUCUUAGGUCUUUGUAAUCUGUUUAUUAAUCUUCUGUCGUUCAAAGGAGUGUUGGUAACGCCUUACAGCUUGUCGCAGGCGGUAUGUGUGGUUUCACCGAGUUGUGUGGUGAUAAACAUGUAUGAGAGAUACAGUACGGUGAGUUUUGUUGAAGACUUCUGGGUUGUUGAUGCGAUGUGUGUGAGUGGGGAAAGCAGCAAAGGGUUUGUUUUGCAUGAUUCCGUUGACUUUGUAGAUGAGUUCAACAAGGUGCGAAUAUUUGAGGAGAAGAAUGUUUAUUGGUGUGAUUUGUGUGAUUAUAAAGGAGAGUGUCUGGACAUAAUGAGACAGCAUUUUAAUGAGGCACAUGCAGGGAAUGUAGAAUGCCAUGAAGGAUGUGAUGACCAUUUUAAGAUGCACAUACUGAUGUAUGACGAGAGUGGAGAUUUAUGCAGUCGUAUUUAUGCAAGACUGGGCUAUGUGCUAACGAAGGAGAAGAUCAAGAAGAUAGGCAGCAAGGUGAUGGUGAUUAAGCAUAAUGAAUGUGAGGUACCUGAAGAUGAGUUGAGUGCAUGUUUUGAAAGAUUUGGAGUGCAUGCUGAGAUUACUGUGUAUGAAGAACCAAUGGAUGAAGCGAUUCUUGGAGUCAUGGAAAGAUUUUCGAAUCUUGACUGUAUGAAGGAGGUGUGGAUGACAGACAAGGAAUGGAACAGUGUUGGACUACGUGUAUUGAAGGAGAAGGUUUUGUUUGUGAUAUGA